AUGGCGGCCCAGACGCCUCUGCCAGUGGCUUCAGUGCCUCUGUCCGCUAAAGAGAUGAAGGUCCUCUCGUUGGGAAUGACACGGACCGGCUCUGCUUCCAUCACUAAAGCUCUUGCAAUCUUGGGCUACCAGGGAGUCCAUCACGGCAUCCAGGCUAUAUCUUCGCCGCGCGAAUGGGCGCUAUUUUCUCGCGCCGCGGACUCGGUGUUUCCCACACUCCCAACUCAUAACGGCGCGCCCUUUACCCGCAAAGACUGGGAAGCCCUCUUCGGUUCCUACGAAGCAGUCACCGACAUGGGCUCCUUCUUCGCCCUACAACUCAUUGAGGUGUAUCCAGAGGCCAAGGUCAUCCUCGUUGAGCGCGACGUCGACAGCUGGUUCCACAGCAUGGAUGAAGCCAUCUUCAAGACUACCUGGGGAUUGCGCGCGAACCUGAUCAUUGAUUUCCUGGGGCCGGCAUGGGGCUUGAACGGCGGGAGGACUCUUAGGAAGAUCCUGUUGGGAUUCUACGGCGUCCGAAAUGUCGACGAGAUGAGAGAAGUCGCCAAAGACCGCUAUAGGAAGCACUAUGCAGAGGUCCGGGCUGCGGUCCCUAAGGACCGACUCUUGGAGUUCAAGCUGGAGGACGGUUGGGCGCCGUUGUGCGAGUUCCUGGGUAAGGACGUCCCGAACGGCGUCGAUUUCCCCGUAGCGAACCAGAGAAAAGAGCACCUUGAGCGAGUGAGAACGAGACAGAAUCGUUUCUUCAAGCUCGCUUUCUUUACUGGCUUGCGGAAGGUAAUGCCUUGGGCAUUUGGUCUUGGAGUUGUUGCAGCGGGCGUGUACUUUGCCAAGCCGACUUGGAAGCCAACUCGGUUGGGCUGGGAUGAACUGAGAUGGGUCUUUCAGAGAAUCCUGAAAGAUCUUCGACUUGGGUUAAAAUAG